UGAUGUCUGGUUGCAUUUCGUAUUCGCAAGUCAAAGCGCGUAGACGCUUUUUUCCUCAUUUUUUUUUUAUAAGUAAAAAUCUCUUUUUUUGUGUGUUUGGUAUUGGAUACGCGCUUUUCUUAUAUCUAAUGCACAUAUGAAUCGCAAUCGUGUGGUUUCUCAUCGUUUAUUGUAUAUAUCCAGAGUAUAGAGAAAUCAUUAUAGGGUGAACAAAACUUUUUUUUUUCCUCUCUCAUCUUCUUUUUUUUUCUAUAUACUUGAACCACAUACACCAUUCUUCAUUUGUCGCAUCUUGACAAGAUAAGGCAGACAUGCCAUUCUUCAAGAAACUCAAAAGAUUUUCCCGUCAUAAAAUUGGGUAUAUCACGUGUCACGUGCGAUUAGUGCGAGGAAAACAUUUCACAAUUUUUGAAUAUUGUAUUGCGCUGGGCAGCGAGAAUGUCUUUUUUGCGGGGAUUAUGGAAAAGCAAUUCUAAACAUAAAAAACUAUGCGAAGAAUGGGCUUUGGCAAAUAGUCGAGAAUGUGUUGAGAAAAGCGGUGUCUUGAGUACAGGACACGAGACUGAUGAUGCUUCAGAGGCAAGAUUUACUCUUAAAUAUUUAGGAAGCACCUUGGUUGAGACACCUUCCAAUGAAGAGGCAACUGCCGAAGCCAUAAAAACGAUUAUUACAAUGGCAAAAGUCAGCAGCAGAAAGUUGCAAAGGGUUUCUCUGGCGAUCAGUUUAAGAGGAAUCAGAAUGACUGAUCUUGCAACGGAGGAAGAUCAACUCCAGGUUUCCAUUUACAGAAUCUCGUAUUGUUCGGCGGACGCAACUCACGAUCAUGUAUUUGCAUUUAUUGCAACAAAUCUCAAUGAAACAAUGGAGUGUCAUGCAUUUUUGUGUCCAAAACGAAAAAUGGCACAAACAGUGACAUUGACUGUUGCACAAGCAUUUAAUACUGCCUAUGAGGCUUGGCAAUUGUCACAAAAUGAUCCUCGACUUCAUCACACCAAGGAUAAAAGUCCAUCACUCACUGAAAGUAUAAUUAUUGAAUAUGAAGAGAAGGCAACAAAAGAAAAUAAAUCCAAUGAAAAUCAAAAUGAACAAAAUAAAAAAAUAAAGAAAAAUAAUAAUAGUAGUAAUGAACCGCAAAAAAAUUUACUCAUUGAUCUCACUAAUGACGUGAAACCCAAGGAAAAUUCAUGGGUUUCUUUUGAAGAUGAUGUGUCAGAGUGUAAAAAAAUUGAAAAAAAUAGUCCCGCAAAUAAUAUUCCAAUGACAACAUUGAGGCAUGCAACGUCAUCAACUCCAUCGCAUCAUGUUGUACCGAGACCAUCGCCUGGAUUCAAAAUGCAAAAUGCUUGGGGCGAAUCUCGUUCACUUGAUUUAAUGUGCUCGUAGCAAUCGUAGCUUACGGCCGAUAGCUUUCAAGACGUUCCUCUAAUCACGGGUCUUUGGAAGCAACUUCUUACUAUUAAUCAGACCAAAAAGACCAAACAAUAGUUGAAAAAUUUUCAAUCACAAAAAGAACAAAAAAAAGCAUACGGUAAAUAAUUUUUUUCAAUUUAUUUACUUUCUUUUUUAAAAAAAAUGCCAGAGCAUAAUUUUUUUAAAAUUAAUUUUUUCUAAUUUUUUUCUUCAAUUUCUUUUUAAAAUGACAGAAAAUAAUUUUUUUCUUUACUUUUUUUUUUAAAUGCCAAAAAAUAAUUUUUCUAAUUUUUUUUAAAUGUUUUUAAAUUUUUUGAAAAUUAAAUUUUCUAAUUUUAUAAAAAUAAUUAAAAAUUUUUUUUUUUUGAAAAUCUCAUUCAAAAAUUAAAAUUAACUCAGUUUUAAAAAUCAAUUAUCGAAUUGUUUCGCUUUAUUAAAUUUUUAUUUAUUUCGAAAAUUAGAAAUAAUUGUAAGUAUAAAAAUAUUAUUCUUUUUAAAUUUUGAAUCUUUUUUUCUUAUUUCUAACGCUAUUUAGAAAUUAUCAAUAGCUAAAAAAAAAAUUCUUAAAAUUUAAUGGACUUCGAUUAAUUAAUAAAAAAUUGAGAAUUUGUUUAAUAUAAAAAGUUUUUAUUUAUCAAAAAGAAAUUACUCUCUGGCUAUUUUAACAAAUUUUUUUAUAUUUCGAAUUGUUUUCAAAUUUUUAAAUAUUUUUCAAAUAUCGAAAUUUUUCAUGGGAUUUUUUUUCCAAAUUUUCUAUAAAAAAAAAAACUUGCUUUAUUAAACUGUUUCUUUUUUUAAUGGAAAAAUAAUAUAUUCUUUCAACUAAUUAUAAUUUACAAUGAAGGUUUUUUUUUCAAACGAAAAAAAUUACAAUUUAAAAAAUAUCUAAAAAUAAAACUAACAAAAGAAAUACAGAAGAAUUGUAUUGCCAAAAAUCGUGUUUUUUUAAAAUUAAAAAAAAUUUGAAUUUAUUUUCGUAGAUAAUUUAUGUAUAAUUUAAAAACGAUCGAAUUUUAUAAAAUGAGAUUAAAUUUCUAAAGCUGAUAAAAAAAAUAAAACUUUUUCAACUUAGGGGGUAAAAAGUGUGAACAUUCUCGAAUCUUAUAUAUAAACUAGCAUCAAAAGGAGAUUUUUCUCUUUAAACGACUUCUUUUUCUUUUCGAUCUGAAAAAGAAACAACUAGAGAGAGGGGUUUAUACUCGUGAGUCCUCGACAAGUUGUGAACCUAGAUAAAUAAAACUUUUAUUAUUAACUUCCAAUUUCUUGAAAAAUUUUUAUAUGAAGUUAUACUCUUUUUUUUAUGCAAAAUAGCAAUUGUCCUUUUAGAAUACAAUUUUCGAGGGAUUAAUAAUUAAUAAUAGAGAAUAAAAUUUUUUUAAGAUUAAA